AUGCCAAACUAUUCAAACUCGUCGUUCAAUUCGGUCGAUUGGGCGAUGGGUGUUGAUGGCUUUCAUCCACUAAAAAAACGUAAUCUUUUGGAAAAUUUACAAGUCAUACCAGAGAAAGUUCCUCCAGCACCUAUACCACCACCAUUUCAAGAUUUUCUUACGACAACGAAUACAAAAAAACGAACACACGCAAGUUUAAAUGUUUCUAGUAAUACAAGUGAUAGUAAUGUUUAUCUACCACAUCAAACAUCGUCACCAUUGCUUGAUCAUACAAAUUAUAAGUAUGCUAAAAUUCGUGCAAGACCAAUUUAUAAUUUUAAAUAUAAUGAAGCAAGUAUUUGGACACAACCUUCAUCGAAUUCAACACAAUUUUCAUUCAAUAAUCUUCAAUUCGAUGUAAAAAUUGUUAAUAAAUUUUUUGCUAAAGAAAAUAAACAAAUCAAUGAUAGUAAUCAUGAAGAACGUUCACGAAAUGGAUCGAUAGCAAUAACAACUACACGACCAUUUCAAAUACUUGAUAAAUCAUCACAAAUAACUUAUGAUGUAACGAUGCGACAUUUACUUCAAUUAUUAAAAAAAAAUACUGGUAAAAAUGCAACUAUUGAUGAUGUUAUUCAUGGCAUUGACACGGGAAAUAUCGAUAGUGAAUGUCUUCAAUGUGUUCAACGUUUAAAUAGUACAUUAAAUAAACAUUUUGAAAAACGACCUGAAGAUCGAAUAAAAUUAGAAACAUAUAAUAUAGAAAAUUUUGAAAAUAUAAAUUUAGUUGAAUUAUUUUUUAUAAAACUUCUUCAAAUACCGAACUAUAAUUUUAAAUUAAAAUGUUAUCAAUAUCGCGAUGAAUUACAAUCACAAUUAAAUUUAUUAAGUCAAUCAAUUGAUCGUUUGAUUCAAGGCAUUGAAUUAAUUUUAAAUCAUGAAUAUUUACCUGGUGUAUUUCAACUGCUAUGUUUUCUAUAUAAUAUUGUAUCAAAUAAAUGUGUACCUGCUCUUGAUUUAGUAUCCUUAGUUGAUGCAUUGAAUUCACCAACAAAUCAAGUAAAUAAAACUGUUGCACAUGUUCUUGCAGAAAUUCUCAAUGAAAACUAUCCAGAUUAUUUAAUAAGUAUAACGAAUGAUCAAGCAUUAGUUGAACUUAAAAACGUUUUCUCAAUUAAAUAUGAAAAACUGUACAGUGAAAUUCGAGAAAUCUAUCAAGAAUAUCAACAACUUUGCAAUGAAUAUUCAAAUAUAAAACAUAAAUAUGAAUUUCCAUUAUUUAUUUCAUCGAUGCUUUUAGAAACAAAAAUACAAUUUGAAAAAUUAUUUCGACAAGAAUUACUUAUAAAAAAAGGUGAACAAAAUUUAGCGAUAUAUUUCUGUUCAAAUGAUUUAACAAUUGAUAUUUGUUUAUCAACAGUGGGUCAAUUCGUUGAUAAACUUCGUCUUGCACAUAUUGAAAAUACUAAAGAACAAAAACGUAAAUGUUCAACGAUUAGUUACCAACGUAAACAAUCUGUUCUUCUACCAAUGAAUAGAGCAUCAUCAUUUUUAUCAUUUAUUUAA